UUUUGCUGGCGAAGCCGGCUUUGGAGAGCUGCUGUGGCGGCGGCAACAUGGCGGACGUGAUAAAUGUCAGUGUGAACCUGGAGGCCUUUUCUCAGGCCAUUAGUGCCAUCCAGGCGCUGCGCUCCAGCGUGAGCAGGGUGUUCGACUGCCUGAAGGAUGGGAUGCGGAACAAGGAGACGCUGGAGGGCCGGGAGAAGGCCUUUAUUGCGCACUUCCAGGACAACUUACAUUCGGUCAACCGGGACCUCAAUGAGCUGGAACGUCUGAGCAAUCUGGUAGGCAAGCCAUCUGAAAACCAUCCUCUUCAUAACAGUGGGCUGUUAAGCCUGGAUCCUGUGCAGGACAAAACUCCUCUCUAUAGUCAACUCCUUCAAGCAUAUAAGUGGUCAAACAAGUUGCAGUACCAUGCAGGACUAGCAUCUGGCCUUUUAAAUCAGCAGUCGUUGAAGCGUUCCGCUAAUCAGAUGGGAGUAUCUGCCAAACGUAGACCAAAGGCUCAGCCCACAACUCUUGUCCUACCACCUCAAGACAGGGUCGUCUUGAAUUCCUGGGCUCAAGCAGUCUUCCCACCUUGACCUCCUAAAGUGCUAGGAUUACAGACGCGAACCAUUAAGCCCGGCCAGAUGUGUCUUUUGAGAGUUCAUCUAUGGUGCAUGGAAGCAUGUUUUGUGUCCCAGCUGCUUUUGCUCAGCAUAGGUUCUGAAGAUUCAUUCAAGUUGUUCAGGCAUUGUAUAUUCUUUUUAUUAUGGAGUAGUAUUUCAUUGUAUGGAUAUACCACAAUGUGUUUAAUCUGUUCACCUGUUUACAGACAUGUGGGUUGUUUUAGUUUUGGGGGUAAUAAAAAUAAAACUGGACCAGGCUCAUGGUCUGUAGCUCAUGCUACAUUGUAAUCCCAAUGCUUUGGGAGGCCAAAGUGGGAAGCUCCCUUGAGCUCAGGCAUUCAAGAUCAGCCUGGGCAACAUAGAGAGACCUUAUCUCUACUAAAAAAAAAAAAAAAUUAGUUGGACAUGGUGGCACACACCUAUAGUCCCAGCUACUCAGGAGGCUGAGGCAGAGGGAUUGCUUGUGCCCAGGAGAUCACAUCUACAGUGAGCUAUGAUCACAUCGCCACACGCUCCAGCCUGAGCAACACCCUGUCUCCAAAAAAAAAAAAAAAAAAAAAAAAGAUUAAAAGAAUAAAACUGCUGUGAGCAUUUGUGUACAAGUGUUUGUGUGGAUAUAACAUUUUACUUUUCUUGGGCAAAUAUCUAGGAGUAGAAUUCUUGAAUCUUAUGUUGUAUGUGUAUAUUUACCUCUAUAAGAAACUGCCAAACAGCUUUCCAAAGUUGUUCUGCCACUUUGUACUCCAACCGGCAGCGAAUGCGACGUCUCCUUGCUCUGCAUCCUCACCGACAUUUCAUAUUGCCAGUCCUUGUUAUUUUAGGCAUUCUAGUGCAAGCCAAGUACAUUUUGCAUUUUCCUUUGAUUAUUGAUGUUGAGCCUCCUUUUAGGUGCUUACUGGCCUGAAAAUUGGCGUGUCCUUGUUACAAAGUAAGUAUCUGUUCAGAUCUUUUGCCCUCUUCUAGUCCUACUCUGCUGAAAGUGUGUGUGUAUGUGUGUGUUUUUUUUUUUAAAUCAUCAAUUGGGUGUUGAAUUUUGUCAAAAGUUUUUUCUGCAUUUAUUGAGGUGAUCAAAUGAUUUUCCUUUAUUUUAAUAUGGUAAGUUACAUGG